UGACGCUCGAAAAGGCAACCGGCACUACUAAUUUACGUGCCUCGACGAAUAAAAGUGCGAUCAUUGAAUUAUAUGUAUAGUGAGAUGAAACGUGGAUCGUUUCUGAUUGUUUCUAAUGCAAGACACCUGUCAGCCUGAUUUUUGUUAUUUUAUUCGACUGUCGUUCACGACGUAGAUUUCCUCGGCUGCUGUGCCGAGCGUUCGUAUCGUCGAAUUGUUCUCGCGGAGAUCGACGACACGUACCGGGGAGCUGCCGACGACUUUUAGAAAUCACGUUUAACCCUCCGACUGUAAACAAUCUGACACGGACUUUGUAUUCUUCAAAUAUACCUUACCGGGAGAAGGGCACUGCAGCCCUGAGCGAAAACGGAAUGGCUGAAAACAAAGUUGAUUAUGAAGAGCUCUUGAAAGACCAAAAAAAUCCUGAAGUCCUGAUCGUCGACGUUAGAGAGCCCUCUGAGAUACAGGAGACCGGCAAGUUACCAGGAAGCAUUAAUGUCCCAAUGAAUAAUCUCCAAGAAUUGGUGAAUCUUUCGGACGACGAGUUUCUGAAUAAAUAUGGAAAAUCUAAGCCGAGUAAAGAGACAAAAAUCGUGUUCAGCUGCCGUUCGGGGAUGAGAGCUAAACGCGCAAAGGAAAGCCUGCAGGGAUUGGGAUACACACAAGCGCAUUUUUACUUGGGUAGUUGGAUGGAAUGGGCGGAAAAACAAGAACAAAAAAAGAAAUAGGAAAAAAGUGUACAGCAAAAAAG